AGGUGGUUUCAGGGCCUGCCGCUCUCCUCCGGGCUCACCGUGUUCUCUAGGUCCCCCGCCACCGCCAUGUCGCAAAACGGCGCCCGCGGAGGGCGCCUGUCCCUUUAAGGCCAGCGGGGCCCGGAGAGCGGAGGCUACUGCCACCUCCCGCCUCCUCCAGCUGCCCCACAAACACCGAGGCCGCGCCAACAAGGCCACUCUGUUGAGUGGCAUGUGAAGCAGCCAACGGAACCGAGCCUCGCCCCGCCCAAGAGCAACAUGUCCCCGCCCCUCCCGCGUUGCCUUUUACUGCGCGCUUGCGUCACAGAGCCGCGGCGGUGAUGGACGCCCGGAUUAACCAAUCAGAGUUGAGAAAGAAGAAGUAGGGUGGGAAGCAGCCACAGCAGGCGCUCGGAUUUAUUUCCUUAUUAUCGCCUUGGGGUUUCAAGAGCGAGCGAAUCAGAAGCCACGGCGAAGCUACGCUCCGGAUUUGUUUUGUGGAGCUUUCGGAGGGUAGCAGUAGGAGGAAGGAAGCGAACUGCUCUUAUGUCCCUUCUGCGCAGGCGCAACCUAGCGAAGGCGGUUAUUGCUGCGACUUUCGUAUGGAAAAAAGGGCACCGGCGCCCGGCCAAUGAGAGGCGGCGGCGGAGAGCGGGUUCCGCCUUAUUUUAUUUUUCUAAUUGGUCUGGUCUUAUAAAUCGUGACGCAAGCACGGCGGGCGUGGGGAGCGGAUGAGGGACGUCGCGCGGCUUCCCCCGCCUCCUCAUUGGGCGGCGAGGUUUGAAGGCGGCCUUGCCGCGCCGCGCUGAUUGGCCGAGGGCGCCGAGGCUCGCGCUCCGUCGGUUUGCUCCCUGGCUCGCGCUCGGCCUCUGUUUGCGUGAGGAGAAAGGAAGAGGAGGAGGAGGGGGGAACGGAAGGGCCUCUUGACGCGGAUGCCGACACAAGGAGGAAAGCGGGCCUAAGUGGAGGAAGAAGCGGCGGCGGAGGAGCCGAAGGAACCAUCAGGCGCGCGCGGGGGAGGGGAGAAUCUCUCCUCUCUCUUUCUCUCUCAGUCGUUCGUUCGCUCUUGCCCGCCCGCCCUCCGGCCGGUGGUUGGUUCCUUCCCGGCUCCUUCGGCGCUGUGAAGGGAAGGCGGAUGGCGGCAACAUCCGGGGCCUCCGGGGUGGCGGCAGCAGCGGCCGUCGUCGGUGGUGGAGGUGGGUCCGUCGCCGCCGUCGCCGCCGCCCCGGCUCUCUACGCCUGCACCAAGUGCAACCAGCGCUACCCGUUCGAGGAGCUCUCCCAGGGACAGCAGCUCUGCAAGGUGCCGCUCCCCGGGGGCUGCGGGGGUAGGCCGGGAGGCGACGCCGAGGGAGGGAAGGGCGGCUGCGUGGGGUGGGAACGGCAGGGCAGGGCGGGCGGCCAGAGGAUAUCCGGCUGUUCGGCGAGACGCGCCCGUUUCCGGGGCUGAAGGGGUUUGAAGGGACGGGGCGGCCUGGAGCUUCGUUAACCCCGAAAUCUCGGGGCCCCUCUAAAGCUUUUAGUGGGGCUCCCAAACUCAGUAAGUGAUACAUCAAACGGGGAGUCGCUGUUAACACCCAGAGAACCAACGUCCCAUCCACUCCAAAGUUCUGUAGAGCCUAGAAGUGCAAAUCCUGGUUUUGUAGGUUCUUUCUCUCCCCCCCCAACAACAACUAACUCGGAACCCCUAAAUUUGAGACCCCCCAAAGUUCUGUAGAGCCUAGAAGUGCAAAUCCUGCGUUUUGUAGUUUCUUCCCCCCCCCCAACAACUAACUCGGAACCCCUAAAUUUGAGACCCCCCUCUAAACCGUUCAUAGGGUAUUGUAAGGGGAAACCCUGCAUUUUGACCCCACAAAACGUCUACAAAAACCCUAGGAAAGUUUUGGGGUGGGUCGGAGAUUUCGGGGUUUGUAGUUAACGAAGCCGCGGCCUUGGAAUUGCGAGGGGGCUGACCAAGCAGAGGAGUGAAGGCAAGGGAAGGGUUUAGCUUCAAGGACACAACGCUCCUGAUAAGCUGCUGUGUGGUUUCUUUUUCACUUGGAACAUUUAUUCUGCACUUUUUUAAGCGAAGGAAACGUCCCUGCUGGCAUCUGGUGAAGCUGAACAUUGGAAAGCUCAGGAGGGAUAACAGGAAGCACUUCUCUUCCAUGUAGCACAUAGUUAAAAUUAUGGGGCUCUCUUCCUCAGGGAGACAGUGAUGACCACCAACUUGCAUGACUUCAGAAGAGGAGAGCACUAUUGAAGGCUACCAGCCAUGAUGGCUAUCCUGUGGUUCCACAGUUGGAGGCAGCAGCAGUUCUUCUGAGUACAAGUUGAGGAUAGGUCAGGUGCUCUUGCGCUUGGAUCCUGAUUGCCUAGCUUCCCACAGACACCUUGUUGGCCACUGUGAGAACAAUAUGCUGGCCUGGAUGGGCAACUGGCUUGUCCCAGCAGGCGCUCUAUAUGUUCAGAGAAGGUGACAUAGAUCAGUCGCAAAACAGGCCUCGUUUUCAGGGUUACAAAGGGAUGACGAGAGAUUAUAUAUGUGUCAGCCCCAAAAGUUAGUCUCAUUUGAGUUCAGUGAUACUUGCUCUCCAUGUGCCUAUAUGAUUUCAGCCUUAGUGACUAAUUCCAGGGUGAUCAGUUCUUUUCAGAUUACUCAGUGGGAGGUGCCAGUCUGCUACCCAAACUGCCCUGUGGUGUAGGUGUUGUGGCCCAUUUGUUAUGCCUGGCAUGAUGGUACCACCCAGAAUGUCAUCACUAUGAGAUUCUUCCCUCUAUAUCAUGUCAUCAUAUUUUGCAUUUGCUCUAACCCCAUUCUGAACCAUAGUGGAUUUCCCUCCCACUGUCAGACAGUAUACAGCUUUCACUACAUGGUGAUGGGAUGGGGUUUACUAUUUUCAGUGGCAAUCCCUCCUCAGGGUAGUUCUGUCCUGAAUUUAUUAUACAUAUUGGAAAAUUUUGAUGACUUUUACAUUUUGACUUGUUCGUUUUGAACAGGGCAGAACCUGCAGCCCUCCAAAUUAUGGUUGGGCUGUAAUUCCCAUAGUUUCUGUCCAUGGUACCUGGAGACUUAAUAGCAUCUGGAGGGUCUCAUGUUUUCCAUCACUGAUUCAUUACAUCUUUGUCACACAUUAAAAAACACACCUAAAUGUGUUACUUCAUCCCUUGCUUGCUGUAAUGAAGAAACACCUGUUUUGGUUUUCUUUUUAAAACAGGCUAUAAUACUCUGGGAGCUAGCUAGUCUUGUGGCACAAGCUUUCAUAGGCAAUCAAAGUACUCAUAGAUCAUUGCUUGUUACAGCAGCUAUGUGACAGAUUCUACUUGCAGGAGUCCACGGUAAAGAUACUUAGUUUUGCAGCAUUAACAGUCAGUGGGUUUUUAAUUAGUUAUCUUAAAUUCCAUCUCUUAAACCCAGCUUAUAAUCAAGCAAUAAAGCACUUUAUAUUGCAAUCUUAUGAUGGUGACAUAGACUGUAUAAUAAGUCAGAUCAGGAAUUCUCUUGCCCUGUAGUUUGCAGCCACAUAUGGAAAGCCAAAGUGACUUGGAACAACUGUAACUUAUACAUGGGAGCACCAUGGAAUGUCUACAGAGCAAAUAAGAUAAAAUGAGAUGAAUUUAUUGUGUCAGUAGUUUCUCUAUAGUAAAACAAUUUUGACUUUUUUUUGUCUAGGAAUGUCGCAUUGCACAUCCCAUGGUAAAAUGUACUUACUGUCGAUCAGAGUUUCAACAAGAGAGGUAAGUCUUUUUCAUGUUAUUUCACACUUGUAAACUAUCAGCUAUUACUUGAAAACUGCUAUAUGCCCCAUAAAUGUAAUGCUGGUCAGUCAAAUUCCACAUGCAGUUUACCUUGAAUUAUAUGGCUAAAAGUCACCCACGUAUUGGGGAAAAUGUUGUCUGCCUACCCUGGUCCCAUGAAGGAGGCAAAAGAGCAAGGCAGAAUAAAGAAGAGCCUCUGGUGAGCAACUUGUGCCACCUUUUUGGAGAACUAGAGUUCUUUUAGAAGAAGAGUUUGGAUUUGAUAUCCCACUUUAUCAUUACCCAAAGGAGUCUCAAAGCGGCUAACAUUCUCCUUUCCCUUCCUCCCCCACAACAAACACUCUGUGAAGUGAGUGGGGCUGAGAGACUUCAAAGAAGUGUGACUAGCCCAAGGUCACCCAGCAGCUGCAUGUGGAGGAGCGGAGACACAAACCUGGAUCACCAGAUGACAAGUCUACCGCUCUUAACCCCUACACCACACUGGCUUUUAAGGGCCUGUCCUGAAUAUGGGUACUUCUCCUGUGUAACUAAGUAUUUGAAAAACUGGAUUUUAUUUCCUUUUCUUUUAGCAAAACCAACACAAUAUGCAAGAAGUGUGCCCAAAAUGUAAAGCAAUUUGGAACGGUGAGUUAAUUCUGGAUCUUUUUUGUGACUGGGCUGCUAAAUUCAUAGUCAGGCCUACAGAGACUUAUUCAAAUUUGGAUUUAAGAAAAUAACAACUAUGACAUUUUAUUCCACACUGGUUGAAGUUGCCUUUGCAUAAAGUUUUAAAUACGUACGUGCUGAAGAGUGGAACCCCGGUAUUCUUGAGAGCUACAGGCUGUGAAGAAAACCAGACUUGAGCGCAGGUCUUGCUCUAAGGUUGACUGAACACUGGUUAUGACACAUAAUUGUACCUACCAUGUGGCAGUAUGGGCAGCCAGGAAGAUGCACUUUGCAGCCUCCAAUGUAUCUUUAAGCAGCUGGCUGUAAUAGCCUUUUUGGAUAGUCUAGAGAUUGCUUACUUUCACUGUAGGAGAAGGGUCCACACAAGAAGAGCCUAUUGGAUCAGGACAGUGACCCAUCUUCUCCAGUGUCCUCACAAAAGCCAACCAGAUGCCUGUGGAAAGCCCACAAGCAGGAACUGAGCACAAGAGUACUCUCCCCUCUUGCAGUGUUCAGCAACUAGUAUUCGGAAGCAUUCUGCCUCUGACCAUAGAGGCAGAGCCCAGUCAUUGUGCUUAAUAGCAAUUGAUAGCCUAAUUCACCAUGAAAAUACAUUGACUCCAUAGCUGCAGUUCCAUAAUUAUAACGGAAAUGCUCUGUAUUACUGAUUUUUUUUUAUUAAGCAGUUUAUACAUUUUCCUAAAUAAAAAGAAACAAAUUUCAGUUAGCAAAAUAAUGUUUUCCCCACAGCUUACAUCAGGAAAGUUUAAAGAAACUUUGAACCAGUUAAUAAAAUGUGACAUAGUUUCAAGCAUGUAACUACUAAGUGAAGUCUGUCUAAAUGAGCUUGUAUAAAAGCAGUUUUACUUUUUCUUCAGUGACUCUAAGUCAUUUUUGCAUAAAAUGUUGACAUAUUGAAACAAGGAAUGGCAUUCUUAAUUUGUUGUUCUUUUUCUUCAGCCGAAACCUUGCCAAUACUGUAACAUCAUUGCAGCGUUUAUUGGCACAAAAUGUCAGCGCUGCACAAACUCUGAGAAGAAAUAUGGACCCCCUCAAACAUGUGAACAAUGCAAGCAGCAAUGUGCUUUUGAUCGCAAAGAGGAAGGAAGAAGAAAGGUAUAGCUUUGUCUUGCUGCUACUCAUACUUGGUCUCAAAGUGGUAACUGGAUGAUGAACAACAUCGUAUUGUUGUAUUUUGAAUCGCACUUGUAGCAUUUGUGCGCACUCCCCAACCUGCCCUACUUGUCCGGCAAGACCCAGCUGAGAGAGAGAGAGGGGUGCACAGAAGCGUUUUCAGAACACAAACCAAACAAACAGUAGUUGCUGCCACCACUUCCUUAUCUUAGAACAGCCCAGAAAAGUAACCUAAGGAAGGAGAUUACUCUUCAGCAUUACUGGGCUGCCCCACCCUGCGUCGCUUUACCAUGGCACAGACAGAAAUCCAACAGGUUCAGGUAGGCGACUAAGUGGUCAGGUGCUGGUUUAGCUUCCCCGACAGAAAGGCACAAAAGACAGAAACAGGAAAAAGUCCUUUUUCCAGAAUUUAUUAAAAAACAAGAUUAUUCAAACAUAAAAGUUUGCACAUCUCUUACAAAUCCCAAACAGACAAUAAAAGCAUUGUUUAGUGUAGCUAACUACAGAACACACUCACAACGAGAACCGGCAUCAGGGCAGGCCCCCUCUGCAUGACAGUGGUCUCACAUGGCAAAGUAGGUUAGGUGAGGCGGCUGCGAAUUGCAAGUCGGAUUCCUAAGGUUUUAUCCCCUUUGAACCUGCGUGAAUCCCAAACUCAAAGGCCAAUCGGUUCUUUAGAUUAAUUAGCAAUUCGCCAAUGGUUACAUAGAAGGACGAUAACUCAAACUUGUUAGGGGAAUUGGCAGCUGAAUCCUGUUUAUCCCAAGACCUUGAAAACAAAAGGGCAUCCUCCCUUAUUCUCAGACACACACCAGAUUCCCCUUUUUGUUGUAAUAAGGCUCGAUGACCUUGUUCACACAGAAACGGCAUCUCAGAUAGCCAGGUGUCAAGACUACAAAUCAACUAUGAGCCUCCCUUCUGCAGCUGGAGAAGAUAACUUAUUCACACUCCCAAAGACACCAAGUCUGCAUUUAAAGAAGCAGACACACAUUCCCCAGUGUUUGGCUCUCCCACAAUGCUCUUCUUAGGCAUGAGCCAAAGUUUUAACUUGCUAAGAUUUCCCAACAUCACUAUAGCACUAAUGGUCUAUCAGAGUGCUGUUCAUUGAUCCCUGAAACUGUAAACCACAUGUGGAGAAUGGGGUCCCCCAACUCAGGCAUACUUUGCUCAUGAGCCUUUCCUCCAGGAAACACAGAUCCCACUUCUGACACCAGUGUUGGUCUCAGAAUUUGAGCAGUGUGAGAGUCCAGGGGUUCCAGGCACACUUACCUAGGGUCCAUGUUUACUUAAGUCAUGUAACUGGAUGCUACCUGCACCUCUGGCAUGAGGUGUGCUAGAAGAAACCUUUAGUCAGUUUUAAGUGAAGGCUUCCAAAUAAUUAUGGAGAAAUAGAAUUUGUAUUAUGUAUUUGUAUUACUCUUCAGUUAUCAGUUUAUAUAGCAUCACUUGACUGCUGAUCCAUGAAAAUAUUCGAACUCACAAAACAGUAAACAAGAUAAUUGAAAGUAUGCCUUUUGAUAGUUGUUUUCAGAGGCUAUAAAACACUGGCAUCUAGUCUGCCCAGUUGUUAUUGAUGGAAUAUAAUAUAUUAUCAUUUUUAUUUCACCAUUCUUUCGUAAUCUUUUGUAGAUUAUCAGACAGUCUCCCAGCUUAGGCACUGACCAGUCUCAGACCUAGCUAUUUCAGCAUGGUUGCUUGUCAUCCAUAUUCGGACAAUACAGUGGUGCCUCGCAAGACGAAAUUAAUUGGUUCCGCGAGUUUUUUCAUCUUGCGGUUUUUUUCGUCUUGCGAAGCACGGUGUCGGAAAAGUUUUGGAAAAGCUUCAAAAAUCACCAAAGUCUUCAAAAACCUCAAAAAGGCUACCACACCACGUGCUAUGAGUUGCUCCUCGAAGUCAAGUCGCAACUGUAUUAACGGUUUUAAGAAAAAGGAAACAAACUUGCAAGACGUUUCCGUCUUGCGAAGCAAGCCCAUAGGGAAAAUCGUCUUGCGGAGCAACUCAAAAAACCAAAAACCCUUUCGUUUUGCGAGUUUUCCGUCUUGCGAGGCAUUCGUCUUGCGAGGUACCACUGUACCCCAUUGUUGCUGCAAGUGGUCUUUUAGAUUGCAUUUAUUUUAUUACAGUAUAAUGAGUAUUCAUAUAUUAGAGUUUAGAGUAGACUCUUGGAUAAAGCCUACUGAGAACCUUUUCUUCCAAGAUGCUAGCUGGCAACCAGUUGGGAUGGUGGAUCCUAGAUAAAUCAUUGGCCAAGUCUGAGGAGAGCUGUGGGGUAUCCUGGAAAUUGGCUGAAAGACAAAAUGAUACAGGGGAGAUACAUCCAAUGUCAGUUAUAGUCUAGAUAGAUCCAUUGAAAGUUCAUUGAUUUCAGUAGGUCUACCACUUGAGUAUGAAAUGAUUAUGUGUUGGAUCCUAAUACCCCUUGAGAGGGGUUUCACUCCUGACACUCUUAACGGAAGAGGCAAGGCAAUUUUUACAGAUUCCUCUUUCCCUUCCAGCUUCUGAAAAUAGAAACCUUGAGAAUAGUGUGGGACACGGCUCUGCUUGAUAAAGGUUAUGGGAGUUUUUGCAAAAAUGUUCUUUUCCCUUCCUUUAGUGGGGCCUCUGCUGGAUCAAGAGCCCUUCUGUCCAUGGAAGAGGCCUUUUAUAUCUUGACAGGUGUGCUCACCUAAAGGAAAUAGGUUGCAAUAUUUUUCACCCAGUUUUCAGCAGAAUGUCCGGUAUGUUUAAUUUUACAUGCUGCUGUUCUGUACUAUGCAUUUUUAAUUUGUUUGUAUUAAGAUGUGUGCAAAAAGAAUGACAGCAGAAGUAUUUGAUAAUUUUAUUUUGGCUGUUGUAUGUCUUUUUAGCACUGAGUACGUGUAACAUAACUUGCUGCGAAUGAUUUCCCAAAAGGUUGAUGGGAAGCUGUUGUGUUGGCUCUGUACGCUGUCCUACAAGAGAGUACUGCAGAAGACCAAGGAACAGCGGAAGAGCUUAGGGUCUUCACAUUCUAAUUCCUCCUCCGCAUCACUUACUGAAAAAGACCAGCAUCAUUUGAAACACCAGCGCCAUCGCCAUCACCACCACCGUCACAGCAGCGGCCAUCACAAGUAAGUUUUGUGAAACUUGUGGAAUAGAGGCCGUACCUGUAUUCUCUGAAACUAAAUCAAGAUACAGUAAAAAUUUUGCUGCUAAAUUGGUAGAUUUAAUCUAUUGCACUUAAAACUUAUUUCUGCUAUUAAUAUUUCCUUAGGUUGAAAGUGUGGGAUGGCAGAUAGGGACUUGGGUGUAAGAAUGUUUCUUUAUAUAGGCUAGGAUCCAAGGAUCUGCCCAACUGGUUCCAAUUGUCCAAGGGAGCUUUGGGUUUGUUUUCUUGAAAAAGAAGCUUCCCACAUAGCAAAUUGUUUUGCAAACCUAAGAGAGGUUUCAAAAUAACAGGGCCUGUUAUUGAAAGAAAGUCACAUUUCCGAUUGCGCAACAUCCUGCCAUAACUUUUAGAGACCGUAUGUGUAUAGCUGGGUGUAUGUGUUGUUUUUGUAGAACACAAAACCUAUAUGAAACAGUAACAGUUUAGAAACAUUUGAGUUGCAAGCUGAACUCUCACUUCUAAUGCUGUUGCUAAUACACAUAGCUAGGCAUGGCCCCUUUCUGAAUGAAGAAGAGAUGCAUAAAUGCACCAGAAUCAUAGAAGUGUAGAAUUGGAAAGGACUCCAAGGUUCACUUAGUCCAGCCUCCUGCAGUGCAGCAAUAUCAGCUAAAGCAUCCAUGACAGAUGGCCAUCCAGUCUCUGCACAUUCCAAAUAAGAUACAUUGUGGUUGAAGAGAGAUUUCACUUGUCAUGAGAAAAUGAAAAUGCUAGCUCAUUGUGCUAAUAGACGUUGCCCAGCGGCUUCCAUUUUCAUUCUGCUGUACAUCAGCUGCUUUCAAUACCAUCAGUAUUUUAUUUAUUAUUUUAUUAUACUUGUAUCUUAUUGUGAAACUUCAGGUAGUGUACCUAGUUUUCCAGGAAGUCUUCCAUCCAGGCACUGACCCAGACUUAGACCUUCUUGGCUUCAGCCCCCCACUUCCAGCUAAUCACCCUCUCUCUGCUUGUCAGAUGAGCAGUCUCAUGACCAGGGAGAAGGUGAUUUGCAUCACCACAGUGCAGUGACCGUGUCAGUGUUUUUAUUUUUGUUGCGCCAUUAAAAUCGGAGGGGGUAGUGGCAAACAAAUUUGUUUGGGACCAGAUCAGGGGUUAGCCUUCCCUGAUUUAGGGUUUCAGAAAAUGUUCCUGUUCAAAAGCUUUUGGGAAAUUAGUGUACUUCCUUUGGUCUGGGGAGUCUCCAUGCUAUUCUUUAGCUUCAUGAAACUGCUUGAAAAGGUUAUCUGGAUGAGUGAAGUAUGGUGCCAUCAGUGUAUGGGUGCCAUCCCAACUCUCCUUCUGAUUCCUCAAAGACAGUGAGGAGGUUGUUAAUCCACAUCCAGCACAUCAGAGUAUGAUAAUUAAUCCAGACAAGACAGAAGUAACUAAAAGACCAGAUUCAUGGGAGUACUUGUAGACCUGCCGCUGCUCUUGGAAGGUCAAGUGAUUGUGGCCAGCAGUACUUUUGCAUAGCUGUGCCUGGAGUUCUGCUUGCAGUCUUCCCUGGAAAAUACAGGUUUGCCCUUUGUUAGGCAAGCUUUGGUUGCAUCCAUAUAGGAUUGCAGUGUGCUAUUAUAUAUGUGGCUACCUCUGAAGAAUAUUCAGAACUGGUAGCCGUACGUAAAAUAGGGCUUUUGCUUCCCCCCCCUUUUUUCAAACCAUGAUUGAGGUGGCCAUUCUUAAGCCUAUUGCACAUUCUGCAUUUCAGAAUCAGCAGUCUGAGUCCAGAGCAAGAUCAGGGAUUGUGGAAACAGAGGUAAAUGUUGACUAUUAAAAAAAAAUGAACAAUUUGUAAGUCCAGCCUGUUCCUUACUUUGUCAAAUUAUUUAGAAAUCUAUGUACAUGCUGUUUUGUGUAAAUGUAGAUGUAUAAGUCAUACAGAUUGUGUUGGCGUCUUUUCAGCCAUAAAUCCUCUGCAGCUACUCAGAAUGAAACUCCAAAGAAAAAGCCCAAAAUGGAAUCCAAGCCAUCUAAUGGAGAUAGGUAAAAAUAUGGCCUUCCUUACAGUUUUUCCCAUUGAAAUUAUUGUUCGUUUUCCUUUUCUUUUUCAUUUUAUUCUGAAAAAGUCAACAUGACUUCAUAUUUUGGCCAUAUGCCUUGGUGUAAACUUUAGUGGAAAAUGAUGGCUCUACACUCCUUAUUCUGGAGGUUUUGGGGGUAAUCAACUAAAAUAUAGCAGAAGGAAAACAGCCCAACAUGCAGUGCAUCUAGGAGCAACAGUUCAGUUAUUUGUAGCUAUAAACCUGCUUUGAUUUGGUUCUUACUGACAAGCUUUGUUCCAUGUGCAUUUUGUUAGGUGAGAGAGAUUGUAUACAACAGUCUCUGACAAACAGUUGGAAUUUGUGUAAAAGGCUGCUUCAUUUAGAAAGUCAGAAGCUAAUGAUUAAUUAUAUUUCUGCAGGUAUUGAUAAUGUUUGCCAUUAGUAAGCUAAUUUGCUAGUUUCAUCUAUUUCUGUCAAGUACUUUUUUCCCCAUUAGGACGUUUGUGAAACUGAUUCAAAUACAUACAGUUUCCCCCCCUCAUUUAAUCACAGCCCACACUUUUUGUUUUACAGUAGUUCUAUAAAUCAGUCAGCAGACAGCGGAGGUACUGACAACUUUGUCCUCAUUAGUCAGCUGAAAGAAGAAGUGAUGUCACUGAAACGCCUCUUGCAGCAAAGAGAUCAAACAAUUCUGGAAAAAGAUAAAAAGGUAAAAGCCUCAACUCACAAGUAGCUAUUUUGUAAAUGUUCUAGUUCCAAAUGAAAUAAGCAUUACAAAUAUGAAUUAAGCAACCCAAACCCAGAGUUCAUUUGGAAUGCAUUUUGGUCAUAUGUUACUCGAAGUAAUUAUAUUUAGAUGAACUUUUUUGUCCACAAGGGGCCAAUUUUAUCUUCUUCCUCCACAGUAUGCCCUCCUCCCCAGCUGGCCAGAACCUACCCUGGCUAAGGUUUGAUGCUGAGAAAGGGUAGGAGUAGUUGAGGCCUCCAGGUUAUAGGACAGUAUAUAAAUUCAAUUAAUAAUAAUUAAUAAUAAUAAUAAUAAUAAUAAGCUAAACCCGCACACAUAAUGCUGUAUCCUCAUCAUUUCUGCCCAUCAAACAAUUGCUUUUGGGGGAAAGGGAGGGUGAGCCGUUGUGGUAUUAGCCAGAGGUAAUAGUUUCCCAAGUACACCUGAUACAUUGUAACAUAUUUGUAGUUUAUAUGGGUUACUCUGGAUGCUUUGGAAGUCCUUCUCUCUCAAUCCUUUCCCCAUAUUGAGCUUGCGUUCGUUGAGAGGUAGGUUGGAGUUUACACUCCAAAUCCAUAGUUUCCACCAUUUGGGGGCAUCUUAACUGCCACACAGCUUCAUUGUAUUUUGCUCUCUUCCCAAGAGAGAAGUGUAGUGCCUGGCUUACAAGUGUGUUGUGAAGGAGGUGAUCUCUUACUUGCACAUCUGGGAAUAACUGCUGUAUGGUUUAUUUAUUUUUUCUUAACUGUGUAUGUAAGGACAAUAACCUGGACUAUGCCAAGUAAAAAUGUUUAGACAACAUUCUGUCUUACGGAUAUACUCGGCUUGCUUUGUUUGUGCAGAUAUAAUAUUUAAUGCUAUGCAUUGUUUUCAUUACUUGUCUUCAAAUCAGUGGAAGAAAUUGCUUUUUUGUCUUUUAAAAAGUUCAUCUGACAGACACCAGGAAUCUAUCUUGUUGACGUGAGGGUUAUCUUUAAAGGAGGCCUGGAACAGUAUUUUAAAGAUCUCCAUUCUUUUUCCUAGUUGACAGAGCUGAAGGCCGACUUUCAGUACCAAGAGUCCAACUUGAGAACAAAGAUGAACAGCAUGGAGAGAGCUCAUAAAGAAACUGUGGAACAGCUACAGGUAAGCACCGCAAUUGUUCACAGACAACAUUAUUGGGCUAAGGACUUGGGGAGCAAUCAAAACCUAGGAUCUACUGGGAUGGGUGAGUUAGGAUUCAGUUGCUCUCCCAGUGUAAGCACCACAUCCAAGCUUAGCUGGAGACACGCUGGCAUAAUUCCUUCAGCUGGGGCUCAGCUGACUGAACCAUGUUUUUACACUGACAUAAGCCCUGAAAAAUGGGGAUUGGUGAGGGUGCUGCCAGGCAGGGGAGACAUAUGAAGGAUCCUAACUGUUUAGCUUGAUCACACGACCUGGCAGAUCUUAUGCUGGCAAAAAGGGAGGUGCAAUUCAAACACUCUUUUUAUGACUUGUUUUUUCCUCUUCGAGGCUUAGGCCAGCUCAGUGAGUAGUAGCACUGCCGAACAGAGUUUGGAAUUGGGGUAAUUUAUGCAAGUUUAACCAAACUGCGGGAGGCAGUGGAAGACAGGAGUGCCUGGCGUGCUCUGGUCCAUGGGGUCACGAAGAGUUGGACACGACUAAACAACUAAACAACAACAACAAAUGCAAGUUUAACUUAAGCUGGUGUCAGUUUAGUCAGCUUCCUAUGCUUAUGAUAGUUCUGUUAUAUAUAAUUUAUAUAAGAACAAAUGGUCACAAGAUAGGCACCUUUUGAAUUCAGUUCACUCUUCUUGAACUAUCAAUAUCAUACCCCAAGAUAGCAUUGAAUUCUGGCAUCACACCAAGAAGAGGAACCCACAGGCCUCUGCAGAUUUUGAACUUCACAAACUGGAUCUCUAGUCAUCCCAGCAUUGAUGAAGAGUAGAUUGUAAUUGAUCAUCGUAACAAUGUUUGCAUUUUUUUUAUCCAUAAACGCUCAGCAGUGAAAUAAUUAGCAAAGCUUACAUCAGUUAGGUCCCAUUGACUGACUUUCAGUAACAGGGGUCUAACUUGAACAGGAUUCAUCAUGAGAUUUUGAUAUGUUUUACCAGUUGUACUAAAGUUGUUAUUCCCCAUUUUUGUUUUCAGCUAUAGCAACUAAAGACAUUGGCUUAAAGCUAGCUAACUAGGAGAGCUGCUUUGGUGCAAAUCUGUUUCACCUGCACCUUAAGUGUUGUACACAGCCGUGUCUGUGUUUUAUAGAGAGGGACUUGAUUGUGAUGAAUGGUGGUCAUGUUUGCCUGGAUAACUUCCUAUGCUGCUAGUGCUGAAAUAGCCUCUGCUUUUUAGUGUGUUUCUUUAGGUGAAAUCAACAUUACAAUCUCUUCACACAGUGUAAAGCUCCAGCUGACUCCCAAAGAAUCACAAAUUAGCCACAUUAUUAAACUGGGGGACGGACGGACAGAGAGAGCUUUGGACAGUGUCAUGUUGAGACAGCUUUCCAUUUAAGCAUCCAUCUGUCUGAAAAUGUGCUUUAAGGCCCUUCUUUAAAAAUAUCAAAAUGAAAGCUAUCUAAUAAUACAGUAUUUUUACUUCAAGAUCUAAUGAAUGCUCUUGAUAGGGUUCCAAAAAGGACUCGAGACAUCUAUUUCUCAAGCAUCACCUCAUCAUACCAAACAGUUUGCAAUAGGAUUGGGGUGGGGGAGGAACUGGAGUACCAAAACCCUUGGGCUGAACCUUACAUAGCUCUUUGGAUCCGUGGCUUUGAGCCCUUUUCAGCAGCACAGGCGUUCGCCCACAUCUGUUAGACAUUUCUGCAACUACCAUGGGAAUGGUGUAAAGAGGAAAGUGGAGCAUUGUCCAACAUUGCAUGGCAAUGUAUGUACGAUACAACCUACAGAAUUAUAAGGGUUGUGUUGUUUUUUUGCAGGCAAAAAACAGAGAACUGCUCAAACAAGUUGCGGCUUUAUCAAAAGGCAAGAAGUUUGACAAGAGUGGGAGCAUACUCACAUCUCCAUGAAGUGCUGGCUGUUUGCAUGGGUGUUAAUAUUCAAAAGGUAAAUGACUCUGUGGAAACUCCUUAGAAGCCUGUGUAGUGGGAAAAAGGAAUAUUUUUGCACACAGAGUAGUUGGCAUGUUUCCUACACCUUUUUGUAACUGAUAAUGUAGUGGAACUCCCCCCCCCCUUUUUAAGUUUAAGCCAUUUGGAUUAAAAUACUUCAGCUGGCUUGAAGAAUGCUUUUUAAAAAGAAUUUAUACAGGAGAGGACUUCUUGCCAGUUACUGGUAAUCAGUAAGAGUGCUCUUAUUUUUAACCACAUCAUGCAAUAACAUAUGCAAGGCAGCAGUUUGAGGGAGCAGUCCAUCAAGUAUGGCUAUUGUGCAGAAUCAUUAAUCUAAAUUGGAUUUAUACAGGACACCUAGGCAAAAGCAGAACUUGCCCAGGAGCUGGGCAGAUCCACAUCAAGAAAAAUAAUGGUCAACCGUAUCAGUAUUCCAGCAACAACUAGCUUGGAAACAGAAACUGGAGCACUAAAUGCCUGACAAUUGUGCAUUAUCUUUUGGUCAAAAUAAGAGUACGUUGAAAGUCUAAAAUCAUGGUGCUUUUAUGACAAGAAGCUUAUUACCUAUAAAUAUGUAAAAGAAUUUUAACAGUUCUAUUCUUAGUGAUAACUGGUGUUUUACAUUUCUUGUGAUAGAAAUUUAAAGAGAUAUUCCCUAUUGUAAGUAUCUGAACAAAACGUGUUUUUUGAAAAUUUACUGUAGACUUUUUCUCUUGCAAGUGCCUUUUCUCCUAACUGUUUAUUAUUUAUAGGAAUGUUGGUAUUUUGUAUAUAAAGUUUUUCUUUUUUAAAAAAAAAAUCAUGUUUAAAUGUUCCUUUGUGGAUGUAUAUAAAUAAAUGUAUGUACAGAAUAAUCAGAUGUUAAGAUCAGAGUUGUUUAGGAUGCUAGAGAAGGUGUUAAGAUCUGGCAGGAAAGGAAUAUUGGCUGUACAUAAUUGUAACAGAUUUGUCUGUGUAGAAGGUGUUUGUCUUAACUCAUGUUGUGCCUAACUUAAUUUCUCCCCCCCCCCCCACACUAAACUGUAGGGCUUCUAAAAUAUAUUUCACCUUUUAUCUCAGUGCUAAUUUUCAUAAUAUUCCCUGUGGCAUGUUCUAAAUUGAAUGACGCAGGAACAGUAUUUGAGCUAAUGUAACUCUUUGGCAAUUUCUUUUAAUAACAUUUCAUUGUACUAUGCCUUUUUAAACUGCUGGGAGAAUAUGCCUUUUUAUUUCUCAAGAGUGAAACAAACACCCCCCACACAAACAGCUUCACAUUGCUAAGGGUGCAAUCACACUGUUCUGGGACAGGUUACCCAGGAGCCAAAAGAAAUGGCCCCAGAGAAGCUCUCACAUGGGACAAAAAACGCCAGCCCCAUGGACCCUCACUUGGCUUUGCUGUCUGUGGGCCAGCCAUGUAGUCAAGUGGGAUCAGUACAGGAUGAAGAAUCAUGUACCCAGCAGGAAUUGGACAAAUCUCUUAAGACAAGUAUCUCAUUCCUCAAUAAAGAGCCUGAUGCUGGCAUUCAGAAAGUCCUAUGGGAAGCUGCAGGAUUCCAUGGAAACAUAAAUAAUAGCAUACAAAGUUCUCUGAAAGGCGGGCAGCUUGCCCAUCACUACUGAUCUCAAGCUGCAGGAAGUGUAUUACAUGUGCUCUAUAUGUACUCCCAGUUUGUUCCGAGGAAUUAAGUCCAUAAAGUCUGGUCAGCAUUGCACAAGCCCAACUGUGCAUCCCUAGAACAAGUCCCAGGAUUCUGAAUAAACCAUCAGAGUUCAGUAAUAGACAGGCAGACAUCCCUCAGCAGAAUGUGGAAAGCAAUACCCGAAGGUAGGAAGUUUCAGGUCCCUGUCUUACAUUUCUUCAGAAUUUUUUUUUUUUUUAAAUGUUCCCUUUGGGAGUUACGAUAUGAAUUACUAUAUGAUAUGAAUUCAUUCCAGAAGGCAUGGUCUCAUCAGCUUAAAAAUGAAGCUGCUUUUCCAUAAAAUGGAAAUCCUAUUUGAUUCAAAGGUGCUCAAGUUACUAUCAAGUUACUUAAAAGAAUAACAUGCGCUUCAGCUAGCGUUAAUGUGUUGUUUUUGGACCUCCAGCUACCUGAAGAUUGGGAAGAUUUGUUCCCAACAGACUACUGAAUAAUGUAAUUUGAAAGAAAAAAAAAGCUGCUUUCUACAAUAUUGAGGAUUAUUUUUAAUUUUUUGUAUACUAGACGAACUUUGUAAAUUUAUAAAUACUAUUUGAUUAUCUUAACAUGAUAAAACAGCGAGGGUAGAAUAUACUGCUGCUAUCCUAUUGGACUGUUUAAUCAUUGAGAAGGUUUUUUUUUUUUCAUUACUUACUUGCAUUUCAGAGUAUUUUGAUACUUUUUCCAGUCAAAUGACUACCUGUCACUGGUAGAUUUGGGUGGUUUUUUAAAUACAAAAACCUGCCAGAACUUUUACCAUGAAUCUGAUUCACUUUCUGAUCAAAUCAUUCUCAUUGAAACCUGCUUAUGCUGCAACAGGAACAUUCUAGAAAAAGAGACCCAGCAUUUUAAUUUUUAACUGCCAGAGCUGUACAAAUCCUAGUAUGGACUCAUUUAGGGACUUUACAGUGUUUGAAGAGAAAUCACUCUGGUUUUACAAGUUUCAUACCCUCUCUUCACUUGGGAGUUUUUAAGGCUAGGAACUAGCAAAUGAAAUCCUGGAGUUGUAGCUAUCUUCACAAUGAACUUUUUAAUGUAGAUUUUGAGGGUGAUACAUUGUACUAUAAUGUGCAUUUAAGUCAGUUUUCCAAUUGUUAAUUAGCAUUGAACAAAACCUUUCACUUGGGCUUCAGUUAUUUAUGUAUUUUAAGCCUGUGAAUAUUGCAGUUUCUUUUUAGUUAGAAAGUAUGUCCAUUCUGAGGUGAAGCUGUUCAGCUUGCUACAUGUGUAUAUACUGUUGAAAUUCUGUACUGGCACACAUUUGACAGUUGACAUUUUUGUACUUUUUUUCUAAAUCCAAUAUUUCACAAUAAAAGCUUGUUAAAACAUCAUUAUGCACCUCUUCUAUUUUUUAUUAUUUAUUUUUAUUAAAGAUUUUCUUGGUUUACAAAAGUACAUGCCUUGUCUCUUUUUCAGAUUGUACGUUCUCUUACAAAUCAGUUACAUUUGUUGUGAGGCAUUCGUGUUGAGUACAGUAUAAGGUUGGGGGAGAGGAGAGGUGGGGUGUUUAAAUAAUGUACAUGUGGGGUUUGGGGUCAGCGUCAACUGGGUAGGUUCUCUUUCUAUUGGUUUAUUACAUUUCCUUGGUAGUGAGAGGUAUUGUGGGGCAGGAUGUUGGUGGUUGGCUGCAGUGAGGUUUGUCUGCAUUUGUGAAGGGGUGAAGGCUUGUUCGAUCAGGUAAGCCAGAAUGAUUCGUAUGCUGUCAGUGGAUUCUUCUUGUUGGGCUGUGUAUGUGAUAAAUGGGAGCCAUACUGGGGUCCUCUUCUAUUGGUUCCCAUGUCAGUUUCAAGUUUAUUAGCUAGCUUUUCUAGUAAGGCCAUUUCUCAUACAAUUUGAUACCAUUGGUCUAUGUUUACUGUUGACAGAUCUCACCAAUGUCUGGCUGUGAGGAUUCUGGCUGCUGAGAGUAGGUGGGUUAUGAGCCCUAUAUAAUGUGAGUGGUCAUUAUGAUCUUGGAAGAUGUUCAGUAGGGCCAGUUGUCGGGUGAGUUUUAAUACCUGUUUAGUUAGUUUUGCAUAUCUCUUAUAGGACUGCUGUCCAGAAGGGUUGGAUUUUAGGGCAUUCCCACCACAUGUGGAGGUAUGUGCCUGUGGAAUUGCAGCCUCUCCAACAUCUUGGUGAGGUUCCUGGGCGUAUCAGUGCCAGUUUCCGUGGCGUUAAGUACCACCUGUAGUUGAGUUUCAGAGUGAGUUCCCUUCUUUUGGCUGAUAAGGGAGGUUUAGACCACCUUUGACUUAAAGGGAGGUUUAGACCACCUUCUAGUCCAUUGGGUGGGGUUAAUCUCAUAGCCUAUGUCGUGCUCCCAUUGUUCUUUGAUGGUGUCAAGGGGGUUUGUGGGAUUUUGGAGCAGUAUUUUGUAUAUUGCGGAUACCAUUGCUUUGCCAUGUCCCUCUGCUGUCGGGAGAAGGUUUUCGAAGGUGGUCAUGGGCCUAGUGGCUACUGAUUUUACUGCUGGAUUGUUUAAGAAGGCAUGUGUUAGCCAACGUAUUUGGGUGUCCCCUAGUUUGUCUUGUAUUUCUUGUGUUGGUAUGGGUUUGUUGUUUUUGUAGAAGUAUUUUAGACAGUAUAGGCCUUUGGCUUGCCAGGUUUUUAUCUGGAGGUUUUGUUAACAUUAUUCACCAGUCCAUUGGUUCGAGGUGGUUUCUGGGUGCUUCAUUUGGCAAUAGUUGUUGUUGCAGGGUUGUCAAUCUGUGGUGUGUGGGUUUAGCUGAGGUUGGUUCAUAGUCUUGUGUUGCAUGUUCUGCGGGGCUGUUCUGUGAGUGGUACUUGACUGUCUUUGCUUUGUCACGUCGUUUCUGUUGUUUCUUCUUUCUCUUGUUGACUGUCGUCCAAUCGUUUGCUGUAUUUUCGUCUUGGUUGUCGUUUGGUGGGUGAUGGUUGCCAUUCUGGUGAAGGGUUAAGUCUGAGGUUCUCCAGUCGUUGCAGGGCUUCAGGUAUGUUGGUGGCUGUGUGCUGUGUUGUGUCAGUUGUUACAAUGAGGCGAAAGGGAAGUCCCAUCGGUACUUGUAAGAAAUUGUAUAAACUACUUAACCAAAACAUUCCCUUAAACUUCUCUACAUAAAACAAUAUGUAACAUCAGUAAAAUACAGAGCAACAGAAUUCAAAGACAACUAUAAAGGUAAAGGGACCCCUGACUGUUAAUUCCAGCCUCGGACGGCUCUGGGGUUGCGGCGCUCAUCUCGCUUUACUGGCCAAGGAGCCGGCAUUUGUCCAAAGACAGCUUCCGGGUCAUGUGGCCAGCAUGACUAAGCCGCUUCUGGCGAACCAGAGCAGCGCACGGAAACGCUGUUUACUUUCCGCCGGAGCGGUACCUAUUUAUCUACUUGCACUUUGACGUGCUUUCAAACUGCUAGGUUGGCAGGAGCUGGGACUGAACAUUGGGAGCUCACCCCGUCGCAGGGAUUCAAACUGCCGACCUUCUGAUCGGCAAGCCCUAGGCUCUGUGGUUUAGACCACAGUGCCACGCGUGUCCCUUUAAAACAAGUAUACAUGCCUGAAUUAUGUCUGAAUAAGCUUGUCAAAAUAAAAUUUUCAGCAAGCACCGAUAACUGAAUAAUGAAGGUAGCUGCCUAAUGUUAAUAGCACAUGUCCCAAGCACAGGCAUUACUUCACUAAAAUACUGACUUCCUACAGAUGAGUGAUGAAUACUAGUAAGGAUUAAACGUGAAAUCUUGUUCAUGUUUGCCUUGAACCCGUUUGUGAAUCUUUCCCGCAUCAGAAUACAGUUUUUACUACAUUGGUUCUGAAAUUCUUAAUUAGAAAAAAAAAAACCAUGGAAAUAUUAUACGGCCUUAAUUUAUGCACGCUCUAAACUGAACGUACUGUAUGAUGAUGUAAGAAAAAUUGGCACAGAUGUUUCACACGGUGUGUCUAAUUUUUAGUAUUCACCACCAACUAUUUACAAAUAACUGCCUUUACCCAGUUGGCCACCAGAUGCUGCUUUAGUCCCGCGUACAAUAUUAGAAGCAUUCCUAUGUAAAGUGUCUUCUGACCCAAAAGUGUGUGUUACUAGGGCAUAACCAGACCCAAGCUGUUUGAAACAUUUUCAGGUAGUACCACAUAGUAACAGCUGGAGAAUGGGUGGAUAGGUGGCCUCUUGGUGAGGAACCAGUGGUGCUUUAACUAUGAGGAGAUCUCUCUGCCAAGUGGCAGCUUAUUCAAGAGUUUAUGUGACACUCGUGCUUAAUUGUGAAUGGUGCAUAUCUCUUUAAAUGCCCAGGUUUACUUGCAAUAAACAACGAACAAUUGAGGUCACUUUGCUGCCAUUGCUUCUCUGUGUACUGUACAGAAACAUUGCCAUUUAAACAUAUGUGAACUGAUGGCAUCACAUGUGCAUUUUCCUGUUUAAAGUUUGGUCCCUUUUUGUGAAUUUGCUCUUGGGGUUUGGACUGAACUUUUGAUGGGGUUCAGAAGGGAAUGUAGUUCUGAAACUGAGGGCUGGUAAUCGGGGGAAGUUCUCGGGAGUGAUUUCUGUUCAAAAUUGUCAUUGUGCAGUUGCCAACAAAAGAGAAAUGGCAUGAGAAAAGGAGGCACAGAGUUGAAGCUAGUAUUGCACUGUGAAUCUCAGCACCGCACCUUGUAUUGUGCUUGGAAGAGCGCACACACACACACAAAAACAUCAUUUGGAUGUAAUCUCUAAAAUUGCCAUGUUCUCGCCAACAAGUCCCAAGCAAGAUUCAAGGACGAGAACAACUGCUUUGUAAAUGGAUGACUAAAAAUUAGUGGUUUGCUUUGCCCAGCGUGAUCACCCAGGGGCUCAGUGUGCCAAGCCUUGAAUUGUGGGGAAGUCAGUUUUGUACAUUCGAGGCGUGGGGCAGAGCAACUCCAAGGUUUACCUUUAGAAUUAUAGCCGCAGACCAGACGCAGCACAAAUCUGUUAGGUGGCAAUUCUAGUGGUUUGGUUGCAGGCAAAAGUAGCAAUCCUAAACAUGCUGACUCCCAGGUAAGCAGAUAUAGGAUUGCAGUCUGUUAGUUUUAUUGUUUUCCUCUGUAUGAUUGUGACAUAGGAAUUGAUUGCUUGGGGAUCUGAGCAGUGGCUUCCUUCUC